CCGAGAUAUGUCCACUUUGUAAACUUCUGACGCGGGAAACGAAAAAAUGGCGGGUGGAAAACAUAAACAAAGUGCAAAGUAAGCUUUAGCUAGAUCUUGAUAUGAAACUUUUCACUCCAGAAAUAUCGUGGCACCAAAAGGAACCAAUUUUCAGUGUUGAUUUUUGCCCUCAAACAUGGAAAUUGGCGUCAUGUGGUGCUGACUUCACUGUUAAGAUUUGGAGAAUCAAAGAAAAGGCAGAUGAUGAUAUUAGUAUUGGAAUAGAAUUUCUUGCAAAUCUUGAUCGUCACGCAAAACCAGUAAAUGUUGUACGAUUUUCACCAAAUGGAAAAUUUCUUGCUUCAGCAGGUGAUGAUGGUACAAUCAUUUUGUGGAAAUUAAAUGAAAAUGAAAAAUGCUCUCCUGACAUUUUUGAGGACAAUGGUAUUGUUAAUAAAGAAUCUUGGAUGGUUCAUAAAAUGUUAAGGGGUCACAUUGAAGAUGUGUACGACUUAGCAUGGUCUCCUGAUAGUACAAAGCUUAUAUCAGGCUCUGUAGAUAAUAGUGCCAUAUUAUGGGAUGCUGUAAAAGGUCAAAGUCAAAAAAUAUUAACUGAUCACAAGCAUUACGUACAAGGUGUAUGUUGGGAUCCACGCAACUUUUAUGUUGCCACCCAUUCAAGUGACAGAUCUUGUCGUUUGUACCAAACCACAAGUCACAGGUGCAUGCAUAAUAUUCACAAAAACACAACCGUGUAUAAAAAGAAUGGCCAGUUAACAAAAUCUAAAUACUCCCGAAUGUUCAUGGAUGAAACAAUGCAGUCAUUCUUUCGAAGAUGUACAUUCUCGCCGGAUGGUUCUUUCUUGUUUUUGCCAGCUGGUUUGUGUGAUGGAGAACAAAAACCGAAAAAAACAACUUAUGUAUUUGCAAGAGGACAUUAUAAGUGGCCAAUACGCCACUUACCUGGCAGUAAGAAAGCUACGGUUGCUGUCAAAUGUUCACCUAUUGUGUACGAGUUACGCGAAGAUAAAGAAAAUUUUACACCUAUUAAAGAAAACAAUGAAUAUUUUAAAGUACCAUAUCGUAUGGUUUACGCUGUGGCGAGUUUAGACGCAAUUACAUUUUACGACACUCAACACGAGCAUCCGAUUGCGCAUUGUGCGAACAUGCAUUACGCCUCGUUAACAGAUAUCACGUGGUCUUCAGAUGGAAAGUACGUCGUGAUCUCUUCCACAGAUGGUUACUGUUCGUUUGUAAAGUUUGAUGACGGAGAGUUGGGUACGCCCAUUUUGUACGAUCCCAUUAAAUACCAGGUCACACAAGCUCAGAUUAGAAAAGCAGCAAAAAAAGACACCAAGAAAAAGGAGAAUAAGAAAGUGGAGAGCGAGAAAUUGGAUGUAACAACGCCUGUAGAAAACCAAAAAGCAACUCCUACCAGAAGCGAAGAAAAGAAAGAGAAAACGCCUACUGUGAAAAGCAUCGAUCGAAACCAGCCAACCAUAGAAAAAUUAUUUGUGACGCCCAUGCGGAAAAGAAAACGCCCAUCAGAUACAUCACCGUUAAGUUCUUCUGAACCAAAGAAAGUUAUAACAUCUAACGCGCCAGAUACACUUAAAUCUCCCGCAGUCAAAUGUUCGGUUGUGCAAGAAUCCAAAUCUCAAAAUAUCAAAAAUAUGCUGUCCCCUAGUAACAUAAAAUCAACUCCAAAAGCAGCAAAGAGGGCGCAAGUUGUUACAUGUCUUGCUUCGCCGACACUUGUGUCCCCGCCAAAACCGCCAAAACGUGCCAGUGUAACUACAUUGGAGACGUUUUCUGUCGAGAAACCCGCCGAUGAUAAAGCUUCUGGUUGUACCAACAUAUCUGGUGCAGCGAGUAAAGUUGAACACAAAGCACCGAAACGAGUCUCUGUUACGACACUGACCACAUUCACCGACGAAACGAAAAAGACUAAUACUGUAAAUCAAAAGAAUAUAUUGACUCCAUCGACGAAAUCCACACCUGAGAAAAAAAAGCCGAAACGAGCUAUUGUAACGACGUUAGCAACUUUUAGUUCAACCGGCCAGACUACACCUAACAAGAACGAAUCAACAAAACAACAGGGAAAAAGCCAGACUGAUGAAAAUUCAAAUAAAGAAACAGAAGAAGAAAAUAAACAAAAGACAGUUGAAGUCAUCACUUUGGAUUGAACUCGUUCAGUGAAAUCAGCUCAUGUAAACAUGAAUAUUACAAUUCACUUUAA